AUGGGAAAAAGAAAAUUAGAAGUCAAGAAAAUUGAGGACAAGAAAAAGCAAAGGGAUAUAUUUGAAGCAAGGCAACGAGGGUUGUUUAAGAAGGCCCGCCAACUUGUCCAGUUAUAUGAUGCAGGGGUAGCAUUGAUCACCAUCUCUGAAGUUGGAAAAAUCUCUGAAUAUGGUAAUCCUACUCUUGAUUCUAUCCUCCAGCGUUAUCAAGAAGCCAAGAAAGGUGAAGCAGCCAUAAAAGCUAGCAAUGAUGUUCAGCCGCAAAAGCUAACAAUGAUAUUCAGCCACAAGCAGAGAAUCUUCCCAAACAUGAUGCUGAUGAAACAGAGGAAAGCCCUGAUGAUGAUGAUCAGAACAUUUCUGAUCAAGAAAUAUGAGAUUACAGUGAAAUGGUGA